ACGAAAACAGUUCGUUUAACCCGAUCAGUUCCAAAUAAAUAAUUUUACUGUUGCUGCAACGACAUGGGAAACACAUCCUCCGCCGAGGAAAUUAAACUCGGAGAUAAAAUUGGAGAAGGUUCAUAUGGUGAAGUGUUCAAAGCCGUGUGGAACGGGAAGCGAGUAGCUGCCAAACGGAUUCGACCUGUCUUCUUCGAGGGGGACUAUGAUGGAAGUAUUAGAGCCGCUUUCUUGGAAAAGUUUAAGAAGGAAUGGGAGAUACUCCGCAGCAUUGAUCACGACAAUAUUGUGAAAUAUUUCACUGCCAUUGUCCCACCGUCUCCCGAGAGUCCCAUUAUUGUGACAGAGUUGCUAGAGUGCGAUUUGGCGAAACACAUUCGGAACUCAACGACUAAACCAAAGGUUCCUUUCUCAGACGUAAUCAAAAUUAUGCUGGACGUCGCGGAAGCUUUACAUUACAUUCAUACCCUUAAGGAACCGAUUGUACAUCGCGACUUAGCGAGCAAAAACGUAUUGCUGACGAAAACAUUGCAUGCAAAGAUUGCAGAUUUGGGUCAGGCGAAAGCGUUCCCUCGUGGUGCAAUGUACGCGACUGCCAUACCGGGAACACCCGUGUAUGCCGCUCCAGAAACUUAUCCCACGGGGUUGGGAGGACUACCGAAGGGCGAUAAAGCGAGAUACACCGAGAAAAUCGACAUAUUUUCGUUCGGAGCCAUGCUGCUAGAGAUCAUUAUUGGUCAUCUGCCAGCGCAUGACUUGCCUGACCCGAUUCUUGAAGAUGGGGAAAUAGUUCCAGAGUACAUACGCCGUAGUGAAGACCUGGAGGAAAUGGGUCCCGACCAUCCCCUCCACAGCCUUGUUUUACAGUGCUUGGACAACAUUCCCGAGAAAAGGCCCAAUGCUGGAAAGAUAAUAGAAGAACUUCUGAAAUUCAGCAAAGUUGUGGAUAGAACAUUAUCCAGUAGCCCCGCUGGGGACAAAGUUGGUGCCAUGUCACACAUUCAUUAUGAUCACAAGUUCAAGCUUGUAGUACUUGGCGAGUCUGGUGUGGGUAAGACAUCUAUCGUGACCCGAUUCCUGAAUGCCAACAGCCAGCUCUCUGGGAUAACACUCCCAAGGACACUCCAGUCCGAAGAUCACUUUCAGCGAUUGCGUUUCCGUGAUAAGUCAGUCCAUCUUCACAUCGUUGAUGUGGGCGGGAACGAGUUAGCCAGAGCCUCCAGCCUAGCGCCUCAGAUUUUUCGCCGCGUUCGGGGCGCGGUCAUAGCCUUCGACCUCCUCUCUGAGAUGUCUUUCUUGGAAGUACCGAAUUGGGUGAAGGUUGUCAGGGAGAAGUGCGGGGAAGACCUUCCUAUUGUUCUAGUUGGAAACAAAGAUGACGAGUUGGAGAGAUGGGUUGAUUCGCGGAGAGUGGAGGAAUUCGCCAGAAGAGAGAAUCUAUUUUACAUAGAGUCGAGUGCCAAAUCUGGAAAGAACAUCGAUGAAAUAUUCUCUGUUCUCAUGGACUUAAUGAUCGAAAGCGAAAACCAAAAGGAAGGUGAAUCUAAGACAAGCGAUCUAGUCGCUUCCUUACAAACAAGCCUCUCUGACAGGAUCACCAGCCAGGAGAAGUCCCCCAUUACUGAACGCCUCCUUACCCCUCGUCAUCACGCCCUCGAACCGGGAGUCAUAGAACUCAAGGAAGAAAAGGGAAACAAAGGGACAAUGGACCAAGACGGGGGCGGCAGGAAAAACAAAUCAUGGUGUUGUUUGUUGAACUAAAGUGAGAAAGGACGAUGUUAGAAAUGGAUGAACAUUAGAUUCACCGGUUUGAAAGACUCAAGGGUUACAAGAUGGCGAUGAUUUUUGUUAAUAUUCACAGUCACUUUCCUUACCGUAUAUAUCACUGUAUUAGGUGUAUUCUGAUAAUGAAGACAUUAUUGCGGGUUCUUCCUUCCGAUAAGCGAAAAUCAGUUUAUAUUGUCUCUAAUAAUAUGUCAAUGUUAAAUAAGAAACUUUUAGAGAUUUGAACUUUCCGGGUUGUGCCUAGUGACGAAAGUUUAUACCCUAGGUGCCCAUGCUAACUAGAAAGAAAUGGACUUUUUGCUGAGCCAUAUGGCGAAAUUCUUAUAACUUUUUCGCUGAUGACUUUAUUAUGAACUCCUUCCUCCCGUGGACUUGCUCUUCUUAAGCGCCUUUUCCUCCUCGCUUUUUGCUGUUCAUGUGCAUCGGGAAUAAUAUUUGAGGAGAAAUAUUACACUAAAAAUAUUAUACGUGGAAAACAACAUUGAUUGGCGUUCAUCAUAUGUUAUUGAACUACAGUUUUGUGUUAAACGUAGAGUAAUAUAAACGUUCUAAUUUUGAUUAUGGUCCUUAGACGUGAAAGCAUUGAUAAAACUAAUAUAUUAAUGAUUGCAGAGCUGUUACGAGUUUAGUAAACAUCACGAUAAAAAGCGG